GCGGCCAUCAUCGUCCAGGGACAGGGUGCUGGCUUAACUAGAUCAGAUAGUUAGCGCUGGUCCCUGCUGCCCAUACCAUACCAUAGUUUCUCCGUAUUCUGCUCGUUCUUUUCUCGAUGCUUCACGGAAGUCGCGUGGCGGAGAGAAGUCUGGCAAAGCGGAAAGCGGGAGUGCGGGAGGACAAGACCGCGGGCCAAUCAGAUCACUCAGAAGCACAACGUGCGCUCGCUGCCGGUUCUCAUUCCUCACCGCCCGCCGCGCUUGGGUUCAACGCCAACGCAGCCAAGUCGGACACUUCCAUCAUUAUUAUAUUAUUGAAUUAUCGUCUUAUUAUUAUCUACGGUAAAUCACCAUCAAGACAUGGUCCGAUCAGAACCACGACCGACAAAUUACACGCGGGCAAAAGUGGAUUCCGCGCAUUAGCCGGGGGCCAUGCAGCGUGCUGGGUCCAUCGUCGGUCAGCCCCGACUGGAGCCUUGUCGUGCAUGCAACGGCGUGCCGUUUUGGCGGCCUCUCCUUGGUUGAUCAACUCCUCCAGCACCAUCCUCGCUUCCUGCUGUUCUGCUGGUUUGCAAGAAUGGGAAGGAUGUCGUCCUUUACGAACGCGAGCUGCAUCGAGAGAAGUAGUUCUCCCACGUGCGGAGCGGGUUCGCAGUGUCUCCAUCGUCCCACUGGAUAUGGAAUCAGUGCAAUUGGCCUGCCUCGCUGGCUCGCGUGGCAGAGACUCAAAGGGGACCGGUGACAUUGCGUCCUCCGGUGAUUGGGAUGGCCGUGCGGCUCCAUCACACUGACGCUCAUCUUCUUCCAGGCAGAUCGGCCUCUGGGCAACAAUCCCUAAUCAAAGUCAGACAGUGAUCAACAAUCCAUGACUAAGUCGUCGGUCCUGAAACGAAGACUCGAUGUGUUUCAUCUUGAGAUGACUUGGGCCGAUCACUGCUACUCCGUACUGUCACGGCAAGGGGUUGCUGCGAACUCCCUCUGGUGGAGCCAUGGCACCCGUCAGCUCAGCUGCAUGGUCGGGAUACGCCGCCUUCUAGAACUCAAUAAUCAAUGUCGACUGGUCUCCAUGCAGCUUGUCCUUCUAUCGCCCUUCUAGCCAGUCGUUUUACCUUUCCGCGUGGGCG